CCGCCCCGAUUGCAAACUACAGAGCUGCCUGCAACACACGCUCGCAGAGGGAGCGAGAAAGCUAGAGGGAGAGAGGGGAACAGGAGCUUGCAGCAAGCAGCUUCUCAGCAGAACGGCUACAUUGCACAGGCUGCUUUUUUGGAGGAGCUCAGUGGAAGAAAGCUCUGGGAUUUUAUUUUAGAUCCGUUUUGUUUUGUUUUUGCUUUCCCCGUUCUCUUGAUCAUUUGCAACAACAACAAAAAAGUGACUUGGUAUUGGCGAUUCGGCCUCCUGUUCAUUAAGGAAAAGUGUGUGAGAGUGAUUUUUUUUUUUAAUUUUUUUUUUUAGGAGCAAGAAAAAUCCACCCCCACACGGAGAGGUGUUUUUAUUAUUAUUAUUAUAGUACAUACGCGCACACACGUAUUUAUAAUCGAUCUGGGGAAAGAAACCUAACUUUGCUCUGGACUUUUUUUACACGGUGAUCAUUCUUGCUCUAAUUUGCAAGUUGGACUAAAGCAGAGUUUGGAAAAGAUUUUUUUUUUUUUUUUUCGCUUUAGGGCUGGAUUUAUUUGCAAACCGCAGGAAGAAGAAAAUACAAGAGAGAGAGGGGUUUGGUGCAGCGCCGCGAUCACGGUAUAAUUGAAGACAUUGUGUGGUCCUUGUAAGAAGCUUGGAUCCUGCUUGGGUUUUAAUUGUAAAAUAUUGUUCAGAAUUUUUGUAUAGGAUUUCAGAUGUGUUCUAAGCCUGCCGGGGUGAGCACGCUUCAAGGCACUGAUGGAGACGAGAGCUCAGCACGGCAGCGGAUCGCAGGCCUUGCUACAGGCUCGGCGUGACAGUGGGAGACCGCAUGGGGAGCCCGACCUGCGGGAUGUCCUGAUGCAGCAGGUUCACGUGUUGUCGCUGGACCAGAUCAGAGCCAUCCGAAACACGAAUGAGUACACAGAGGGACCUACAGUGGCUCCACGGCCCGGGGUCAAGACCGCUCCUCGGCUAGCAACCCAACCCAAAAAUGAAAGGCCCCAUGCCUUGCCUGAGCACCGUCAUGUUAGCCGGAUUCAGCACACACAAGCACACACUUCUCCUCGGGCACCUCUGUCCCGGUCCAUCAGCAUGGUCAGCACAGGUUCACGGAGCAGUACAAGGACAAGUACGAGCAGUAAUUCAUCUGAACAAAGACUUCUAGGUUCAUCUUCAGGGCCAGUUGCCGAUGGGAUAGUCCGAAUGCAACCUAAGUCUGAGCUCAAGUCGAGUGAGCUGAAGCCACUGAGCAAAGAAGACUUGGGAGCACACAGCUACAGGUGUGAGGACUGUGGAAAAUGUAAGUGUAAGGAGUGCACUUAUCCAAGGACCCUCCCAUCAUGUUGGAUCUGUGACAAACAGUGCCUUUGCUCAGCCCAGAAUGUGGUUGAUUACGGGACUUGCGUUUGCUGUGUGAAGGGCCUCUUCUAUCACUGCUCUAACGAUGAUGAGGACAACUGUGCUGACAACCCCUGUUCCUGCAGUCAGUCGCAUUGCUGCACUAGAUGGUCUGCCAUGGGUGUGGUGUCCCUCUUUCUGCCUUGCUUGUGGUGUUACCUACCAGCCAAGGGUUGCCUUAAGUUGUGCCAGGGCUGUUACGACCGGGUAAAUCGGCCUGGGUGCCGCUGUAAACACUCCAACACCGUUUGCUGCAAAGUUCCCAGUGUCCCCCCCAGGAACUUUGAAAAGCCAACAUAGCAUCACUAGUCAGAAAUACUAAAGUAGAAAGGAUUAUUUUAACGUACAUAUGCAACCAACUAAGCAGCUGUGGUCUUGGCACUGUAGUUGAAGGGUUGGGUUUAUACUUCACUGUUUGCAGUGAAAUGCUUUGUGCUCUGUGUGCCAUCUUAACUGAUAUGCUUGUUAGAGUCCAGCUAGUGGCAUACAGGAAAAAGAAAAAAAGGGAUGCAGUACAUUGUGACCCACAUAUUGCAUAAGCUAAAGCAACACAGACACUCCUAGGCAACUCUAUUGUUUGUGAAUAGUACUUGCAAAAUUUGUAAAUUAGCAAAUGACUCCUUUUUUUUUUUCAUUGUUUUCUGCCAGAGAUAAUGUGCUAUAUUUUUGUAUAUAUGAUAAUAUUUUCAACUGUGAAAAGUAAGUGGUGCCAUAAGACAUGGCACAGUCACAAAAUAUUAUACUAAUAUGUUGUACAUUCGGAAGAAUGUGAAUCAAUCAGUAUGUUUCUAGAUUGUAUUUUGUCUUAUGGAAACCUUCUAUUGCAAGACUCUGAUUUCCCUUUGGACUUCAUGUAUAUUGUACAGUUACAGUAAAAUUCAGCCUUUAUUUUCUAAUUUUUUCAACAUAUUGUUUAGUGUAAAGAAUAUUUAUUUGAAGUUUUAUUAUUUUAUAAAAAGAAAUAUUUAUUUUAAGAGGCAUCUUACAAGUGUCACCCCUUUUUAUGAGGACGUCAUAGUUGCUGCAAAUGAGGGGUGAACGAUGCAUAUGUUCACUAUAAAAUAGAAAAUAUAUUAACGUUU